CGGCAGCCGCGCGGUGCUCUUUCACGGCAGGAGGUCGGGGGGCAAUCCACUUGACGGCAGGAGGUCGGGUGGGACGGCGGCGCCGCCAUGAGCCUGUUCGGUCUGUUCCGCGGAUUCUUCGGCUUCCCGGAGCGGGGCGACGGCCGCGGGGAGAGGUUUUUCCAGGGGAUGACACUGGAUGAUGAGGAUGAGGAUGAAGACGAUGGGUUUUUCGGAACUCGUCAGCGAGAUAUCUUUGGCUUUGGGCCUGGCGGCCGGCAUUUCGAUGGUGGAUUUUCCGGACUUUUCCACGAGAUGGAUGAACUUUUCAAAGGCAUUGGCAGCUGGGAGGUGCCCAGUGGACAAUUUGAUUUCUCGGUGCUGGAGCCCCAUCCGUACGGAGGAGGCCAGCAGGAAGGGAGCAGGCAGAACCCCCGUGAUUUGAUGUUGAAGGAGCCGGACAGGGAUCACGCUGCAGGAAGUGGAGAGCAGCCUGACACUGACCAGCGGGAUAGACCCACCCCCAAGGGGCCGAGUGGUGGACUCCUGAGCCCUUACAGAAGACCGUGGAAUCCACCCAGUGUGUUUGAGGAGAUGUGGGAGUCGUCAAGACGAGAGGAGUCAGCGAAAGAGGACAAUGAAUGGUACUACAGCAGAACCGACUGA